AUGACUGAUAUACAAUAUUUAGAAAGUCAAAACCAAGUUGAUAAUGAUUUACUAUUAAUAAAAUGUAAGGCAAUAAUCUACCUUGAACUAGAAAAAGUUCAAAAUAUGAUGAAAGAUAAACUUGGUAUUGAAUAUCAAAGUUUACUUAAGCAAGACACAAUGAGCAUUAUUUUUCGUAUUAUUCUGAUCAUUGCAGUUCUUACAAUUGCCAUUUAUUGUCAAGGUGGUGGUGGUAGCCGUAGCCGUAGCCGAAGUAGUCGAAGUUUUUCGUCGUAUCGCAGCUCACGUAAUUGUACGGAUAGCACUUGUCAACAACAAGAUACUGUUGCAGAAUAUGCUAUUGUAGGCUCUCUUCUUAUCAUAUUUGGUAUAGCUUGCUAUUACAUACGGCGGCAAGGUAGCCCAGCUCAUUCGAAUUCGACUUAUAUAGAUUUACCAUCAAAUGAAGUCGAAUUGCAAGAAUCUAACCAAUUUAUAUCAGGCGUCUGGUCGUGUCAAUAUUAUCAAUAUAAUAUACGGCAUGGACCUUAUCGUUUUUCACUUGUAUUCGAUUCUGAAACGCAUAAAGUAACAGGUAAUGGAUCUGAUGAUGUUGGUGUGUACACCAUUGAAGGUAUUUAUUCGACAAGAACCAAUCGAAUGGGCCUUAUAAAGACAUAUAAAAAAGGAACAGGCAAUCCGAUACAGAAUCUUGGACAUGAGGUUACAAUUCAAGUCGUCUGGAAUUCGAAUCAACAUCAAUUCAAAGGAAAAUGGUACGUACGAACAAACAAGUACAGUGGACAGGAUAAAUUCCAACUCAAACUUAAAAAAAGUUAUAAAAACAUGGAAUGA